AUGCCGAGCAAGGAUCCCAAGAACCUUUGCGUUGCCUGCAAAGGUGCCGAGCCGUGCGCGACAAUACGCAAUCGUCCGUUGUGCCAGCCAUGCUUCAUCAGCUUCGCAGACGCAAAGACUGCUCGACGGAUGGCAAAUUACCGGCCGCAAAGAGAUGCACCCCCCGCCAAACUACUGUUACCCCUCUCUCUCGGUGCUUCAUCGUCGAUUCUUUUGAAUAUGCUGGACAAGCUUCGGGAAAGACAGCUGUCCAAAAACCCACUCGGUGCUGGAUUCGAUCUUUACGUACUCGUCAUAGACCCCUCAUCGAUUUCUCCACAACUGCCUUCCGUGAAGGCUCAUUUCGACGCUGCAAAGGAGCAUUAUCCAAGUCACACCUACUCGAUAGUGCCACUUCAUAGCAUCUUUGACGUCGACCUGGAUAUCAAAAACACUCUUGGCGAUUUUGGAUUCGUGGAUGACGAAAGCAAGUCCGGCGCAGAUCUGCUGGACUCCUUCCGGGCAUCUAUAUCUACUGCCACAGCGAGAGCGGAUCUGGAUAAUCUCCUUUUGAUUCGACUAGUGGUCGCAUAUGCCAGAAAGUAUGAUUGUGAGGCAGUUGUUUGGGGAGACUCUGAUAGCCGCCUGGCUGCCAAGACUCUUGCGAACGUCGCAAAGGGCCGUGGUAUUUCCUUGACAUGGCAAAUCCGUGAUGGCCCUUCUCCAUGGGGCAUGCAGUUUUGCUUCCCGCUCCGGGAACUUUAUAGGUCGGAACUAGACCUCUAUGUCGAACAAACUCCAAAGUUACAAAGUGUCGUCGUUCCUAAUACUCAGCAAGCAGAGAGCCUAUCCACACGAGACCUCUCGAUCGAUGCUCUAAUGAAUCAAUACAUUGUGACACACGGGGAGAAAUACCCUGGUGUCAUGGCUAAUGUUGUUCGAACUGCCGACAAGCUUGAACAAGACAACAGUCCCACCUCUGACCCAGAAUGCUCAAUGUGCUCUGCUCCUCUCCAGAGCCAAGGCUCUAUUGCGGUGCAUGGGAACGACACUAACCGACUUUGCUACGCGUGUUUACGAUCCAGAGAUGACAUUCGAGUUUCCAACGCUUAA